ACAAGUCAAAAUAAGAAGCGAUACAAAACGGUACAGGUCAAAAGAGGAAGAAGAAGAAGGGGGCGGCGGCGAGGAAGAAGAAGGAAGAACUAUAGCAGACCUUAAAACCCUCGUCAUGUCCGUGGUGUCGUCCCUGGCGCGGCCCUGGAGGAGCGUGUCGUCCCUGGCGCGGCCCUGGAGGAGCGUGUCGUCCCUGUGCCCUCCCCUGCGGCGCCUGCACGUGAGCCCCGCCGCCCCGAGCAUCAACAGGCUGCCCGCCGGCCGCCACACCAUACCCGAGGCCAGGGCGCAGGUGGAGGUGUCAACAGAGGAGUGGAAGUAUGUGGAGCGUCUCUUCCCCCCCAAGGCUAUCCCCAAGCCCACAGCGGCCCCAGGUGAGGUGAUGCCGUCGGGGUGGGUGGCACCAUCCGCUAAGCCGGGAGAUCAUCCGUAUUUCGUCCGCCGCAAUCCAAGCCAUCAACUGCCUGUCUACCUCACCCACAAUGCCAUCAUUUCCAAGUACCGCACGAAGAUCAGCCACGUGGAAGGGGACAUAUGGGUCCUGCUGGAGGAGCUGAGGGCGUACCUGCAGCAACGACGCGACCCCAAGGUGCUGAACAUGAGGGCCCACGAGCCGCACCAGAGGAUAGAGAUCAAGGGACAGUACGUGAUGGAAGUGCGGGACUUCCUGCUGGCCAAGGGCUUCUGAGAGGGGAGGGCAGGGAAAGGUUUUAGCAGCUUUACACAACAUGCAGAAGAGGAGAAGACCUUCAUCAUCAUCACUGUAUAUUCAUCAUCACUACUAUUCAAAGAUGUACACCCAUCGUAGAAGCUCCCUUCCCCAAGCCAUUCCCUUGAGAUGCACAGAAGAGGCAAGAAGCAAUAGGCAAGAACUACAAAGGGCUGCACCACAAGAAUAUCCACCUUUGCUUGGUCUUGGCACCCUCCCGCCUCCACACUCACCCCUUUCCUAACCCUGGUAUCAGCUCUUCACUCUUGACACCACCCUCAAGACAAGGAAAUUAAUCCAACUCACCGCCACAUCCUAAUUACCCAUCCUCUCAUCCCCCUACAUCAACACAAGGCCUGGAAAGUUACUGGGAUCAUCAUUAUUUUAUCUAAAGCUUUUUCCAAUUUUCAUUAUAGGGUCAUCGUUUUAGGGUUUAAGGGCCGCUUUCUCAGUCAUUUUGAUCGUUACCAAUGGCGGCAAUCGACGCUAUAGUAUUUAUACGUUAAACUGGCGGCUGCGGGGUUAGCCUAGCCCCGCACCUUACCACUCUCACCACCUCUACCCCAUAGGCCAGUUUCACGUGGAAAAUUAUAGCGUCGAUCCCCACCAUUGGUAACGACCAAAACAAACAAAUUGUCUGUGAAAGUGGCCCUAAGACUGGGUACUCUUCCUACCCUUACAUGGCAGUACUGGGGUUUGAAUUGCUUCUCUCUGGGCUUUUAUUUCCAUGGUUUGAUGCCCACUAAACUAUCACACCCAAGAGGAAAAUAACUGUGGGAUGUGGGAUGUGGAAGGAAAAUUGAAAUGAAGUGUAAAAUCAAACUUGUCAAAAGGAUGGGUAGGUAUUGCUUAUUGUGUGAAGCAUUCCUUUAUAUGCCUCGGUUCAAUUUCACAUUUUUUUCAUCCCUUCUAAUGUGAAUAAUAAUUGGAAGUGCAUACAAAUUGGGAAACCCUUCAAUCUCUGGCCCCCCUGUCCCCCCUAACUUCCUUCUCCCUGAGCCAGUCACAGGUCCGUCAUCUCUGGGUCCCCUUCUGUUCCCAGCAAAAUUUCUUCUCCCUGAGCAAGUCACGACUAUCUCUCGCUACCCAUCUAUCCCUCAAUAACUUCCUUUGCCGCCCUCCCACUGCUAGACACAGGCCUGCAUUUUAACUGUGCUUCCAUGUGUGCCAAUGAGUGCUCUUACAUUUAAACUGAUGGUGCACUGUUUUCUGCCCUGCUCUGUUUUGCAUCACUCCUGUUUCCUGUGUUGCAACAUGUACCCGGGCUUAUCCAUGGCCCACACAACCUAGGGAAGUGACUGGCUGGUCUUACAGAAAUUUCAAUGGCAUUUUUUAUACUAUACUGCUGAGGCUACACUUCAUUAUGUAAAUAUAUGGAUACUUGGCAUACCUAUAAGAUGUAAAUAUAUACUGUCCAACCUGACCUUAUUGUAUUGUUGCAAGUAAAUAUGUAUGUAGAA